AAAGUAAAAAAGAGCUCCACAAUAUUGGCGUGAAAGCAAGGAAAGCUUACACUGCUCGGCAAGGAUAUUAUAAAAAAAUUGAUUUGUACAGAGUAACGUAUUACGCUAUUUAACUAUUUUGUGGGAUUCAAGUCAUUUCUUCAGCACGAGAUUUUGUGAAGGACAGGAGAGGGGAAAAUGGCAGCCGCAAGCAGCAAUGAGUUUCAGUUCACUGUUCCUGAAACAGCUCAGAAUGUUGAGGUUACACUGAGGUCUGAUGUCACAGUACCAUGUCACCUUUCACCUGAAAAGAGUGCUGUUAAUAUGGAAAUAAAAUGUGUGUGUGUCUGUAAGACCAGACAGGUGACAGAGGGGAGGAGCUAUAAGGGUAAAGCGAAUCUUGUAGUUCAUGAAGGAAAUGUGUCCUUAUCACUGAAAGACUUCAAAGAAAUGGGAGAUUACCUGUGUCAGGUCAUCAGUCAAGACACGACAGUGGAGGUGACAGUACAAGUUAAUGAAUUGUUUUUGACAAAAAUAGAUUCUGAUGUCCAACCUGUGAAUCAGCCACCAACCUUUCAAAGCUAUCCUCUGACGAAACAUGAGGAGAAUAAGCUACAAGAGAAAUACCCUCGAAUGAGAAUAUAUGAGAAAAGACCGCCGAACGACACAGUUCAGGAACCUGAGACACCGAGAAAGACAGAACAGAUGAAGAAAUCAGGUGGAAUAAAACUGUUCUCUGACUUGGCUGGAAAAACAAAUGGUGGUCAUAUGAGUUUUUUUUACACUUUGGAGAACCGAAUAAAAGAUCUGAGAGAAGUUCCUACAGUGGAUGAGAGUGACAUUUUUCUGGUUUUUGCUGUCCUCUUGUUUCUCGACAUGACAUUGAUAUAGAAGCAGCACUUAAAAGAUUCACUGACUCUACAGGUUUAUUUAUCAUCAUCAUCACCACAGUAUUUUAAAUGAUAAAAGUUGUUUCAAUGGUCAUAAAAUGUUACAUUAAUUACAUAAAAUUAAAGUUUUAGUGCUACUAGAUCACACAUUUGACCCAGAGAAAACUGUACCAGACAGCAGCAGACGUGUCAACAGGACAGAUAUACUGACAGUGGACUGUCUGUUCUAUGAAGACACAGGAUUACUAAAGUGUCAGAGGAAUGAUGAUGCAAUCGACAAAGUUGUGCACUGGUUAAGGCAGGAGGCGAAGUCAACGGGAGUCAAUGAAUAUCCACAUAAAAGUAGGUUAAAAUCUGUUUUUAUCAAUAUUUAAUCUCUAAUAAAAAUAUAUGACUUAUUUAUGUCAGCUUUUUGCUAUAUCACCUCAUGCUCAUUACGUCCGUUUUUCACCAUUUUCAACAAACUGGACACAGGUAAAAACACAUUCCUGCUCAAUACUGAAAUCUACUGUCUAGAAAAACUCAUCAGUAAAAGUACAUAAAUGUUUCAGUGAACUUUAUAAUAUUUUCAGACAGUUCAUUUUCAGACAAUCUUUAAUCCUUAAUUUUUAUAUUUUUAUUAAGCCUUGUUGUGCAAGCACUGUUGAGCUUGUGCAGAGGCAGCAGCUUUUGCCAGAGGGGAACUGGAAUCCCCUGGUUGGGCCUGGGUUCCCCUGAGGUUUUUUUUCUCGAUGGGAGUUUUGGGUUCCUCACCACCGUUUGCAUAUUGUUUUGCACUAUCUGCCUGGCCGGGGGGGCUGCUUUAGAAUUCAUACUUGUAUUAAAUGUGUCUCAUGUACAGCUGCUUUGUAACAAUGAAAAUUGUAAAAAGCUCUAUAUAAAUAAAGUUGAGUUGAGAGUUGAGUUGAGUUGAGUUCAAAAUGCACCCUAAAGGAUUGUGUUACAAAUUUUAUUAAUUACAAAAACAUUAUUAAAAGUGUUCAUUAUAGGCAGAACAUCAAACGUUGGUGUUUUUUUUUAGAUAUGCAGCCUCUAAUCCUCUAAUAACACAUUUUUAUUGAAGUGUUUGUGCAGGUUCUGCACGUUAAUAGUGAUUAGGUUAUUAAGUCGGUGGGGCUGGAGAGUGUUGAAAAGCAUUUAAAGUGCCAAAAACAUACGUCUGUGUUACAAGCCUUUGAUUUGUUGUAGUAUGAGUGUGCACACAGAUGAUAGGGGGUGUAAAACAUUUAAAUAAUUGCACAUCAGUAGUUAUAUAUGAAACAAACUCCUUAUGAAUUUUUAUUGGUUGGCAUAAAGACUAUUAUUUUGUAACUGCAGCGUA